AUUUACGAUUAUUUACAUAGCUAUAAUCAUAUGUAAAGGUGUGCCUUGGAAAUACUUGUUUUCAUAAAUGAUGUGCCUUAUGACAAAAACGUUUGAGAACCACUGAGCUAGACUAGCUAGCUAGCUAAAGAGCCCUCUUCUUCACCAACCUCAGCUUGUAGAUGAGGCAGUGGCACUCUCACGUCCUGACUCAUCUGCUGCUACUGCAACAGUCUGUCUCGUGCUCACACAAAAUGCGCGCGUGCCAAGUAGUGUGAAGUAGAUCUGUUGCUUGAAUGACACACAGAGGACCCAAAACGUACUUGCGUUUUUGAUCAACGAUAUCAUAUUAUUUUCGAGGGCUUUAAUUCAUGACCGGAAUGACAGGUGAAGAGAUCCGGGGCUAUUUUUUAUUAUUCUUAUUUUUGUAAAUAAUAAUAAUUAUUAUUAUUAUCAUAAUUGAGAUCCGGGGCUAUUCAUAAAACAUUUUGGGCUGUAGCCUCGGACGCCCAGGCCUAACGACGCUACAUCAUGUAACAUGGUCUGUGUCCCAUAUUCUCGGUUAAAAAAUUGUUGACUGAUCUUACCAGUUUGAAGGCAGAGCAUGUCGAAGGGCGGAGUUUCUAAUUUUGCGCCAAUAGUAAACCAAGUUUUUUGAACGUUUAGGCGGGAUGACCGGAGGCUAAACCAAUCACAAAGUAGAAAAAAAACGCUUACUAUUACAGUGUGCCAUCAGGCGACGUAUUAUUUACGAAGUGUAACGGACUUCUACAGUGAUAACAUUUUAAUUCCGGGGAGGGGGGAACUGGAUACAUCGGAAGAAAUUAAGGGAAACAUAUUUUCCUGAAAAUGAAUUUGGCCGAAGUGAAAAAGAUGAAAGUGGCUGAAUUACGGGCCAGGCUCCAACAGAGAGGCCUGGACACGAAAGGGCUGAAGGCCGAGCUUGUGGAGCGGUUGAUGUUUGCCAUCGAGGCCGAAACCCAGUCUGCGGAGUCGCCCGAGGUCGGGGAUGACGAGGGCCCAAUCAGGGGUAACGAGGUGAAACAACCGCAGGAUGACCACGUUCUCUCUGUACUGGUGGCGGACACACUGACAGCAGCGAAUCGUUCGGCGCCAGCGGGGGCAGUGGAAGUUACCAAGAAAGUGGAAGCUAACGCUGUUGGAACAGAUUCCGCACAGGUACGCGGGACACCCAUAGCCAGCUUAGGUCAUACCAAACAGUCGUUACCUGCGAGGGCGCCGGCAAUAGCAGAAUUAGAAGCUGACUUUCCUAAGUUUCCAGGGUUAACGCAGGUGAAAAACGAUGCAGCCCGGUGCUUGCUGGAAACACCAGCUGACAGCAGCCCCUGUAAGCCUGAUCGAGUGGAAGCAGCAGCGACAACGAAACCCAUCUCAGCUGGAGAGUCGUCUUCGCUUUCCCGAGAAGUCUGGAGAAGAGCUGGGUCAGUACUGCGGCCCGAGAGCACAUUGGCGGAAACAAAGUUCGGGCAGGUGCAACAACCAAAAUCACAUAGUCAACAUAGCAGUGCACAGUCUCCGCAAAAUUCAGCUCCGGCUUUUAUCAAGCAGGCCUCCGAACCAGGAACUGGGGCGGGGGCUUCGCCGGCUAAGAGAGAACUUCCGCAGGCCAAAUCAGAUGAGAAGACUUCGGCCAGCCUCAUCGGUAACCGAGCAAGCGUAGCCAAACCAAAGACGAUCGUCUUAAUGCAAGAUACAGAGGAGGGGAAAAAAGACUUCAGCGGAGGCACAGGGAAACAAAGCCAUUCCGGGGCAAUAAGCGACAACGGGGCUGCGGUGGACUGGUCUAUGGUGGCUGAGAAAGGCAGCGACGAUGAGACGGGGUCUGAACCGGAGAGGGAGGGUCAACCCAGCGAGAGCUCAGUGUCCAAAGGGUCAGAGCCAGAGGGGAAGGUGGAGGAGCGAGAGCAGCGGGGAUUGAAGAGGUCACAUGGAGAGAGGGGUAGGGGUUACUAUGAAUUCAAGGAGGAGAUCAACUACAACAGGGCAAAGUCCCCGGAGCCUGAACCAGAGGGGGAGGAUGAGGAGGAUGUGGAUGAAGGGCUGGUGCAACUCGAUGCAUAUAACUGUGACCUGCACUUUGAGGUGGACCCAGAUGGCUGCAGUGGCCAGCCUGUGUUUUCAGAGAAGUUUCCCCUCUUGUGGUCAGGAUGUCGUCUGACGCACGGCGUCGACCGGGGAAAUGUUGGCUUUGAGGCUAAGUUCGUGAAGAAGCUGCCAGUAACGGACUUAAAGGCAGAUGAUCUGGACACUCAUGUUCUGAGAGUGGGCUGGUCUGUGGACAACUCCAGCUUCCAGCUCGGCGAAGUUGAGCUGUCCUAUGGUUAUGACAGCAGGAGUAGGAAGGUGACAGCUGGGAAGGAAGAGGAAUUUGGAGAACAUUUCUCAGAGGGUGAUGUCAUUGGCUGUUAUGCUGUGUUCUCAGACAGUGGGGUGGAACUCUCCUUCCAGCGGAAUGGCACCCCCUUGGGCAUAGCGUUCCAUGUGAGCCAGGGUGCACUGGCUGGCCACGCGCUGCACCCCCAUGUGCUGUGUCUGAACUGCCGUGUGAGCCUCAACCUGAACCCAACUGGUCCACCUUGGCACCCUGGGCCCAGCGGGUGCACCCCGCUCCCAUCCCUGCCUCCAGAGCUGCGCAUGCGUGCCCCACUACCCCCCGUCUCCAAGCAGCAGUGUGAGGUGUUGAUGAUGGUGGGUAUGCCUGGUGCUGGAAAGACCCAUUGGGCCCAGGCACGCAUGGCUGAGCAUCCAGAGAAACGCUACAAUCUCCUGGGCACGCACACCAUCCUCAGCUGCAUGAGAUGUGCUUCUGGACCUGGGAAGAAGGAACAGGCCAUUCAACAGGCGACACAGUGCCUCAGCCAGUUGAUCAGGAUAGCGGCAAGGAGACGUCGCAAUUACAUCCUGGACCAGGCGAAUGUGUAUUCCUCUGCACAGAGGCGGAAGCUUCUGCGAUUUGGGGGCUUCCAGCGUAGGGCAGUUGUGGUGUGCCCCUCUGAUGAGGACUGGAAGGCACGGCUGGAGGCACAUCAGCGCCAGGAAGGAGAGGAGGUGCCCGAAAUGUCCCUCCUCAAAGUCAAGGUGAGCUUCACUUUGCCAGAGCAGGGGGACUACCUGGAUGAAGUGCUGUUCCCGGAGCUGCCCCGUGAAGAGACAGAGAAACUGCUGAGCGCAUAUAAGGAAGAGGCUCGCCGCCUGCUCCCUUCCCCGCCCAAACGCAAGAAACACCGCAGUCGACGGAAUAAGCCCCCCCCCCACGCUCUUGGCCACCGUGGGCGCAACCACCGAGAAUGGGGCUAUGGAGGGCCCAGAGGAGGGUACCAUCCAAGAGGAUUUGGACAUCAUCCUUACUGGGGGCCACAGCGCAGAGAGGAUUACCAGCCAUACUACAGUAACUACCGCACUGAAUUUGACCCUUUCUACGGCUACAAUUACGACCCACAAAGAUACAGAGAUAACUAUCGCCAGUACACCAGAGAGUGGAAUCAGUAUUACCAAGACCAGGGUCACUAUGGCAACAAGAGCUAUGGUUAUAGCAGCUACCGGGGUUAUCGGUGAAUCAAAAAGGAUUUCUCUCUUAACAGCGCAGCUAAAAUAAUUUCUCCUCCCUUUUUUGACCUCCAUUUUUUUUAAAUCAGUCAGAAAAUAAAAUGAAAAUAGAGCAAAUUCUGUUCCAUCUUCCAGGGAAGUUGAGUGUUGUAUUAUUUUUUCAUUUGGAAAUAACCAGCACUGAUGACUAAAUGAAAAAGAUCUAUGUUUGUUGUGUAAAAUCCCAAUGGCAGGUAAAUGUAAAUGUUUUUCUUUUCAUAAAUUUUUGUGACUUUUCUCUUGGAAAAUCUUCUUUUAUAAUCAUUCUGCAACAGUCAGAAAUGAAUUUUAUUUAAUUAUUUUUGAGAGAGAGAGACAAGUGAAGUAAAUUGGACUAAUUGAACUUGGGGUCUUAAUUUUUACAAACAAAAAAGGGUCUUCCAAAUUUUUCUGGAUGUCUUAUACGGUGUAAAUAUGUUUUAUGCAUCAAACGUCUGCUUGAUGAAUCCACAAUUCUUCCUUUUUAUAUUUGCUUGAGCGCUGAGAGGUUGUGCUUCCCCUAGUGAGCCCGAACUUUUCUCUGUGUGCUCUCUGUAACAUGGCAUCCCAUGGAUGGAUUGCAUCAGCUUCCUAAUGCAGGAGCACUGUAUACACACACAUACACAUACACACACACACACACACAUGCUCAAACAUACA